AUGGCCACAGCCUAUGAUGAAGACCACUCCAUUUCAUCAUCUCAGCAUGAUGACACGGAUGACAGGAGGAGCACCAUCCCAGCAGCUAGUGCUGAUGAGAAGCCAUUCCCGUUCUUCGGGCUGCUUUGCUACGCCGAUAAGGUGGACUGGCUACUCAUGGCCCUGGGAACCGUCGGGUCUGCCAUCCAUGGCAUGGCAUUCCCGAUCGGAUAUCUCCUUCUCGGGAAAGCGCUUGAUGCCUUCGGAACCAACAUAAAUAAUCAGGAGGCCAUGGUCCAUGCAUUGUACAAGGUGGUUCCGUAUGUGUGGUACAUGGCGGCAGCUACUUUUCCUGCUGGAAUGGUUGAGAUCUCCUGCUGGAUAUACUCGAGUGAGAGGCAGUUAGCACGCAUGCGGCUGGAAUAUCUGAGAUCAGUUCUCAAUCAAGAGGUUGGGGCCUUCGACACAGAUUUGACCACUGCAAACAUCAUCACCGGGGUAACCAACCAUAUGAAUGUCAUACAAGAUGCAAUUGGUGAGAAGCUCGGUCAUUUCGUCGCAAGCUUCUCCACUUUCUUUGCUGGUAUAAUAAUUGCAUUUGCCAGCUGCUGGGAAGUCGCGAUGCUCUCCUUCCUGGUCAUUCCUCUGAUCCUCGCCAUUGGAGCCACAUAUACGAAAAAGAUGAAUGUCAUAUCAUUGUCACGCAAUGCUAUUGUCUCACAAGCAACAUCUGUCGUAGAACAGACUUUGUCACAUAUCAAGACUGUCUUCUCCUUUGUCGGAGAGAACUGGGCCAUGAAAUCCUUUGUGCAGUGCACAGACAAUCAAUACAAACUAAGCAAGAAGGAGGCGAUGAUAAAGGGAAUAGGGCUGGGCUUGUUCCAAACAGUGACCUUUUGUUCAUGGGCACUGAUGGUUUGGAUUGGGGCAGUUGCAGUAAGCAACCGGACAGCAACAGGAGGUGGCACGAUAGCUGCCAUCAUGAGCAUCCUCUUUGGCGCAAUAUCAAUUACCUACGCUGCACCAGAUCUUCAGACCUUUAAUCAAGCAAAGGCUGCAGGAAAAGAGGUCUUCAAGGUGAUCAGAAGGAAUCCAUCCAUAAGUUACGGAAAAGGUGGAGCGAUAUUAGAAAAGGUUUAUGGAGAGAUCAAACUGCAUGGGGUGCAUUUCGCCUAUCCCUCCCGCCAGGAUAAGCCAAUUCUCCAAGGAUUCUCACUGUCGAUCCCCGCAGGCAAAGUCGUUGCUCUGGUGGGAAGCAGCGGCUGCGGGAAGAGCACAGUUAUUUCACUACUUCAAAGGUUCUAUGAUCCAACCUCAGGUGACAUAUUCAUUGAUGGCCACAGUAUUAAGAAACUAGAUCUGAAAUCCCUGCGGAGGAAUAUAGCUUCAGUAUCUCAGGAGCCAUCGCUGUUUUCUGGUACUAUCAAGGACAACUUAAGGAUUGGUAAAAUGGAUGCAACUGAUGAAGAGAUAAUUGAAGCAGCAACAACAGCUAACGUGCAUUCAUUCAUAUCUAAACUUCCCAAUGAAUACUUAACAGAGGUAGGAGAAAGAGGUGUGCAGUUGUCAGGAGGCCAGAAACAAAGAGUAGCUAUUGCAAGGGCAAUGCUGAAGGAUCCACCAAUUCUCCUUCUGGAUGAAGCGACAAGUGCCCUUGAUUCAGAGUCAGAAAAGCUAGUGCAGGAUGCACUUGAGAGAGCCAUGCAUGGAAGGACAGUUAUCCUGAUAGCCCACAGGAUGUCCACAAUUGUAAAUGCUGACACCAUUGUUGUCGUAGAGAAUGGAAGUGUGGCACAGACCGGGACACAUCAAGAGUUGCUCGAGAAAAGCACAUUCUACUCAAACGUAUGCAGCGUGCAAAAUAUUGAGAAGGAAUCUGGAAAGAUGGUAGCAAGCCCUUCUGAUAAAAUAAUAGAAGAACAAACUGAUGAAGCAUACAACAGACAGCCCUCCACGAAGCAAGGACAACAGAACAAACUAGAACCACUAAACUCAAAGAAAUCAAAGCAAGAGGUCAGAAAGGAAAUACCUCCUUUCUUCAGAAUUUGGUAUGGGCUACCUAGAGACGACAUUGCAAAAAUUCUAUUAGGAUCCUCAGCAGCGGCCAUCUCUGGAAUCUCAAAGCCCUUGUUUGGUUACUUCAUCAUGACAAUUGGCGUGGCAUACUAUGAUCAAGAUGCAAAAAGAAAAGUCAGCAAAUAUUCUUUGAUUUUCUUCGGGGCUGGGAUGGUCACACUGGCCAGUAGCAUCUUGCAGCACUACAUUUAUGGUGUUAUUGGAGAAACGGCAAUGAAACACCUAAGAGAGGCCCUCUUUUCAUCUGUGCUCCGAAAUGAGCUUGGUUGGUUUGAAAAGCCAAAGAAUGGUGUAGGAUCUCUUACCUCACGCAUUGUCAGUGACACAUCAACUGUAAAGAGCAUCAUAUCUGAUAGGAUGGCAGUCAUUGUGCAAUGCAUCUCUUCAAUCCUGAUAGCAACAACGGUAAGCAUGUUCGUCAACUGGAGGAUGGGUUUAGUGUCAUGGGCAGUCAUGCCAUGCCAUUUCAUCGGCGGCCUUAUCCAAGCCAAGUCAGCCAAGGGAUUUUACGGCGACGCUGCUAUCGCUCACCAGGAGCUCGUGUCCCUUGCUUCGGAGGCUGCUAGCAACAUCCGGACCGUGGCAUCCUUUGUUUAUGAAGAUGAAAUCAUGAAGAAAGCAGAACUGUCACUGCAAGAACCCAUGAGAAUCACCAAGAUUGAGAGCAUGAAGUAUGGGAUAAUCCAAGGGAUCUCGCUCUGCCUGUGGAACAUCGCACAUGCAGUGGCACUCUGGUACACCACAGUUUUGGUCCAGAGAAAGCAAGCAUCAUUUGAGAACAGCAUACGGUCAUACCAGAUAUUCUCGCUCACGGUGCCUUCCAUCACAGAGUUAUGGACCCUGAUUCCCAUGGUCAUGUCAGCCAUAACAAUACUGAAUCCUGCAUUUGACAUACUAGACAGAGAGACGCAGAUUGUGCCAGAUGAACCAAAAGCGACAAGUGACCGCUGGCUCGUGGGGAGAAUUGAGUUUCAGGGUGUGAACUUCAACUAUCCAUCACGCCCAGAGAUCACCAUUCUGGAUGGCUUCAAUCUAGUCAUCGAGCCUGGCCAAAGGGUAGCAUUGGUUGGCCCAAGCGGUGCAGGAAAAUCCUCUGUCCUGGCUCUCAUACUGAGAUUCUACGAUCCGCACAGAGGUACAGUGCUAGUUGACAACAAAGACACAAGGGACUACAACCUCAGAUGGCUCAGGAGGCAAAUUGGAUUAGUUCAACAGGAACCAAUUCUGUUCAACACAUCCAUCAGAGAUAACAUUAGUUAUGGAAGUGAAGAAUCUUCAGAAACUGAAAUCAUCCAGGCUGCCAUGGACGCAAACAUUCACGAGUUCAUCAGCGGUUUGCCAGAAGGGUACGGCACAGUCGUUGGAGACAAAGGAGGUCAGCUUUCAGGAGGGCAGAAACAGCGCAUAGCUAUCGCAAGAACUCUACUAAAGAGGCCAGACAUUCUGCUUCUUGACGAGGCAACUAGCGCACUCGAUGGUGAGUCUGAGAGGGUGGUGAUGACUUCUUUAGGGGCCAAGGAGUGGAACAACAGAGGUGAGCGAUCAAGCAAUAUUACAAGCAUCACAGUGGCGCAUAGAUUGUCCACAGUCAUAAAUGCAGACAUGAUUGUUGUGAUGGAGAAAGGGAAGGUGGCUGAAACCGGUGACCACCAAACACUGAUAUCUGCAGAUGAUGGUGUUUACUCAAGGCUGUUUCACUUGCAAAGCAACAUGAAGGAUUGA